AUGAUUUUUUCAGGUGUGACAAACAAAUAUGUUGUGAAGAAUUUACGAUCAAAGCUUUGUUAUGUCUCAUUUUUAAAAAUAAACACAUAUAAUUAUAGUAGCAUAUUUGAUUUAAUAUCAAGAAAAAAAAACGAAAGAAUUAAUGAAAAUAGUACAAUAAUUAUUGAUGAUACAGGUAAAGAAGAAGAAUAUAAUGGAAAGAAAAAGGUUUUAAAAGGUGAGGUUCCUAUUUUUAAUAAUAAUAAUAAUAAUAUAAAUAAGAAAGAAAAUCAUUCAUAUAUAAUAAAAAGUGACUUAGAUAAGGAUAAUAAAUUUUGUGAUGGAUAUGAAUUAAUAAAUGAUGAUAAUAUUUAUAACAAUAAAAUAUACAUGUUAAGAUAUAUAAAAUAUUUACAAAUAAAUGAUGAUAUAAAUAAAUAUAGAUUUAUAUCUAAGCAUAUAAUUAAUAAUGUGUAUAAAUUUAAAUAUAAUGAAAUAUUAUUUAUUUUAAAAAUAUUUUGUAAAAGAAAAUAUAAAAAUUUAUUAUUGCUACAAUGUGUUAGUGAAUAUUUUUAUUGGCUAUGUAAAUUAAAAAAAAGUAAUAAAAAAAAUAUAUCAUAUUAUUUAUAUUAUUGUUCAAAGUUUAAUUAUAUCCCUACCAUAAAAUAUGUAGAUGAAUAUUUAGAAACUUUUCUUUGUUAUGAAAAAUGGGGACCAGGUAUGAAUUUUUUUUCUUUGAAUAUGAUUGAAGAAGAAACUAAUGAUUGUAGUAAGGAUAUAAAAUAUAUAAUUAAUGUUUUAUAUUUUUUAAAUAUAUGUAAUUUAAAAAAGAAGAAGGAAUUAUUUGAUACCUUACUUUAUAUGUGUAUAUAUAAUAUAAAUGAUUUAACACUAAAAAAUACAUUUUUAUUAUUAAAAAUAAUUAUAAAUAAUAUUGAGAAUGAUAAAUAUGAUAUAUCUGUUUUUAAAACUAUUCAUAAAAAUAUAGAAAGACAUAUAAAUUCAUUAGAAGAUUUAGAUUUUCAGAAUUAUAUAAAUAUUAUUUUUUAUAAUAACAUAGAUCCUGAUGAAACAUUUUUUCAUUUUAUAAAUAAUUAUCUUGAUAAAAAGGAUAUUAGCAUAUCUUCAAAUAGUAUGCUAUCUAUAUUAAAAAUUAUGAAGAAAUAUAAUAACAAAGAUCAUGUCAUGUUAAAAAAAAUGGUACGUAUAAUGAUAGACAAUUUUUUUAAUUAUACUUAUGAUCAGAUAUUGUAUGUAUUGAAGAUAUUUAUACAAUUAAAUUAUUUUAGUCAGGAUUUUUUUAAUUAUCUUUUUAAAGCAUUUAUAUCUUCUAGUGAUGAUGAUCAUAUAUGGAAUAAGCUACCUGCUGAGAACUGGAAGGACAAAAAAAAAAUCCAAGGUUCAAUAAAAGAAAAUAAAUAUCUAUCAAGUGAUACAUAUGUUGCAAGUAAUAAUAAUAAUAAUAAUAAUAAUUAUAUGGUUAAUAUGUAUGAAGAUGUGUUAGAGGGAAAAAAAAAGAUUAAAGAGUAUGAACAUAUAAAAUAUAAACACAACAAUGAUAAUCCAUGUGAUAAAAAAGUGGAUUCUUCUGAUGAGACUUAUGUGGGUGAUCAUAUGAAUAAUAAAAUAAACGUAGAAAACGAUAAAACGUUACCAUAUGAUAAUCAUCAUUAUAAUAAUUUUUUCAAUUUUUAUGAUGAAAAAAGAGAUAUGAGAAAUAAUACAUUUUAUAAUAAUAUUUUGAACGAAAUAAAUAAUAAAGAUAAUAAUUUUAUAAAUGAUCAAAAUAAAUUAUUGAGGAACUCAUGGUUGGAUAUAAAUAUAGAUGAAGAGAAAAAAGAAAAAAAUAAAAAACAGAAAAAAAUAAAUGAGAUAUCUCAUUUACCUCUACAUUUAAAUGUAAUAAAAAGUAAAAUGAAAAUAGACUCAUCAAAUAUAAUAGUAAACAACAUACCAAUGAAAAAUAAUAAUGUGUAUAGAAGAGUAACAUAUGAUAUAUUGUAUAUACAAAUGCAUAUUUAUCUUUUUAUUUAUUUGGGUAUAUGUGGUCAUCGUGAUAUGAAAUUCUUAGAUAUAUUAUCAAAGAAAAUACAACAUUAUUUAUAUAUAGCAUAUAAUAAGGAACAUGAUAUAUCUGAUGACAAUAUAGAAGAGAAAAGAAAAAGAAAACAAGAAAAGCUAAAAAACGAGAGCAUAAAAAUGAUAUCAUUUUCAUAUGCUAUAAAUAAAAUGACAGAAAAUUAUAACAAUUUGUUUUUAUUAUCACAAGAAAAUAAAAAUAUACAGUUAUUACAUGAUGAUAUUAAAAGUAUACAAAUGAUAAACAAAGGGGAAAAAAAAAAAAAGAUACAAUAUGAGGAGAAUCAUAUAAAUACUUUCAAUGAUAAUAUAAAAACAAAUAAGAAUGAAAAAGAAAAAUAUAUUUCUUACACAUCUCAAGAUGAUCAAAAAAAUAUAUUUAUAAAAAAAUUGAAGAAAUCAUGUUUACAUUUUGUAUAUAAUAAAAAUGAAAAAUUAGAUAUACAAAAAUUAGAAAAAAAAAAAAAAAAAAAAGAUAAAUUAAAAGAGGAAAAAAAUGAUAACAUGAGUACUAUGAAAUAUAUGAAUGUUGAUAAUUUUAGGAGGAGUAAAUUGAUUAAUAAAAACAAAAUGAAGGACAAUGUAUAUAAAAAUGUUUCAGAUCUAAAGAAAGGGAACAAUGAAAAUGUGGAUCAAAAGAAAAAAAUAUUAAGAGUAUAUCAGAAUGAUCAUCCUGCAUUUAUUCGUCUGCAUAAUAGAAAAUUAUUCAGAAGAUACUUUAACGGUAUGUAUAGGAGCGAGCUUUACUUGGAAAAAAUAAAAACAAAGAAAAGACAAAAAGAAAAUGGAAUGAAUAAAAAAAAUAGAAAACGAGAUUUACGAUUAAGAACGUAUAGAAAAAUUAAAACAUUAAGAAAUACUAUUCUUAAAAGAUAUGGUUAUAUAUUUAAAAAAAAUUGUAAUGUUGUAAGUAGCUACAUUAAUGAUUAUGUAUAUAAUGAAAAAGAAAAGAAUAAAUGUUUCAAAGAAGAAACGUAUGUAGAUAUGAUUUUAAAAAAAAAUGAAAUACAUAUAGAUGAUUGUUUAUUUAUUAAUUAUAAUAGUUUAUAUAAUGUAUCUAACAAAAACAGGUUAAAAAAAAAAUAUUGUAAUUUUAUUUCUCGUAGUAAUGAAUUAACAUAUGAAGAAUAUAUUAUACAAAAUGAUAAUUAUAAUAUGAAAAAGGAAUAUUAUAAAAAUGAUAUUAUCAAGUGGAUAUAUAGAUAUAUAAAUAAUUGUAAUGUCUUUUUAAAAUAUAAUAACAAAAAAGGACAAUUAAUAAAUGAAUAUGACAUAAAAAGGUUGGAUGUAUGUAUUAGAGAAUGUAAUUUAUAUCUGAAAGAAGAAGAAAAAAAAAAAAAAAAAAAAUUAUUAAUAAGUUUAAAAAAUAUAUCAUUAAUAUGUGAAGCAUGUACAAACUUAUAUUAUUAUAAUAACAAUUUAUAUGAUAUCUUAUUAUAUAAUUUAUUAAAAAUAUUAGAUAAUUUUUAUAAUGAUUUAAGUGUAAUACAUGAUAAGUGUGAAGAAAAUAGCAUAUUACUUAAUAAAACAAAUAAACAUAAUAAUAAUAAUAUUAUUAUUAAUAAUAAUGAUAUUAAAUGUAGAAGGUUAUAUAUAUAUUUAUUUGAAAACACAUGGAGAGUUCUAAUCUGUUACAUGCAAGUAAAUCAUUUUAUAAAAAACAUAUUAGAAAAUGAUAUUAGAUAUAAUACGUUUGAAAGAUUAAUAGAUAUCUAUACACAUAAAUAUUUUGAUGAUAAUAUUAAAAAUAUAAUAUAUAUGAUAAAUUCUAUCAAAUCAUCAAAUAUUUUAUAUAUUAAUAAUAUAAAAUAUUCUUUUGUUUAUAUAUUUUUUCUUAAUUAUUUUAAUAUAUCUGUAAUUGUUGAAAGUUUAUUUUUAUUUAAUAAAAUAAUAUAUAUGAUGUCUCAAAUGAGUUAUUCAAAAAAUAUUGAUCAUAUAAAAAAAAAAUUCAAUAUUAUUUUAUAUAACAUAUCAUAUUUAUAUUAUAUAUAUAUAAAGACACUUUUAGAUUCAAAAAAAAAAGUAGAAAUAAAAAAUGGAAGAAGUUCUACUGAUAAUAUAAUAAAACACAUCUAUAGUAAUAAAGAUAUGCAUAAUUUAUUUUCUUGUGUUAAUUUUUAUAUACUAUUUCUUUAUAUUUUAAAAAAUAUAAAUGAGCAAAAGAAUUAUUUUAUCAAUCCUACUAUAUCAGGUAUUAUAGAAAAUAAUGAUAUGAUGAUUACAAGAGAUGAUUUAAAAAUAAAGAAUAGGACUCAUGGACAAAAUAAUCUAUAUGUACAUACAAAUAAUAUAUUAACAUAUGAUAAAACUGAGAAAGUCAAAAGUGAUGAUAAUAAUACAAUUGACAAUCGUUACAUCUUCAAAAUAAUGUUACAUUAUAUAAAUUUAAUAAGAUAUUCAAAUAUUUUAAAUGAUAAAUCUAGUAAUAAUAAUGAGGGUAACGAAAAAAAUAUAUAUAUAUUCACAGUUAUACGUUUUUAUUAUAUGUUUAAAACAUUUUAUAGAAAUAAUGAAUUACUUUAUUAUAUGAAUGAAAAAAAUUAUGAAGAUUUCUUUCCUUUAUUUAUUAUUAAGAUAUUAAACAAAAAAAAAAUUAAAGAAAUUUAUAUACCUCAACUUUUUUCUAUUAAUAAAUGUGUAGCAAGUUAUAAUAAAAAAGAAUUUAUACAUGGAAUUAUUACAAAACAUUUUGCACCCUUUUUUUUUUUUUAA